AUGACAGCCUCCAUCCCUAAGACCAUGCAUGCUCUGCAGUACUCAGAGCCCAAAAAGCACAAGCUCGUUGAAGUCCCUGUGCCUGAGCUCCGUGAGAAUGAUGUCCUGAUCAAGGUCAAGGCUUGUGGUGUUUGUGGCACUGACCUCCACAUCCACGAGGGUGAAUUCAUUGCCAAGACUGUCGGCGUAGUCGCCGCCAUUGGACCCAAGGUUAAAGACUUUGAGAUCGGCGAGCGAGUUGUCGCAGAUAACUCCGAGCUGUGCGGAACAUGCUUCUACUGCCGCCGUGGCGACGAGCUGUUCUGUGAGCACUUUGAGGCCCACGGUGUGACGAUGAAUGGCGGUUUCGCUGAGUACUGCGCCUACCCCGCUGGCAGAGUCUUCAAGAUCAAGAACCUUUCCGACGUUGACGCAACUCUCCUGGAGCCCGCCUCCUGCGCCGCCCACGGUCUGGACAAAAUCGCCCCGAAGAUGGGUUCGUCCGUGCUGAUCUUCGGUGCCGGUCCUACUGGUCUGGUGUUGGCUCAGAUGCUGCGCCAAAACGGUGGUUGCAAUGUCAUUGUUGCUGCUCCUGGAGGUUUGAAGAUGGAUUUGGCUCAGAAGCUUGGUGCUGGCGAUAAGUACAUUGAGCUGUCACGCGAGAAUCCUCAGGCUCAAUUCGAUGCUCUCAAGGCCGAGAACCCGUAUGGAUUCGAUAUUGUUGUUGAGGCUACUGGUAGCCAGAAGAUUCUUGAAGACUCGAUUAACUAUGUUCGUCGUGGUGGUAAGCUGGUUGUGUACGGCGUGUACUCGAGUGAGGUUCGGGUCUCGUGGUCGCCGGCUAAGAUCUUCGGCGAUGAAAUCACUAUCCUCGGCAGUUUCUCUGAGACCUACAAGUUCCCUGCUGCUGUUGACUACCUUGAUUCUGGUAAGGUAAAGGUUGAUGGCAUUGUGAACAAGGUAUACAAGAUUGAGCAGUGGGAGGAGUGUCUUGAGGCGAUGCGCAACAAGACCGCGAUCAAGGCUGCCAUCGUCUUCGAUUAG